AUGCCCGCCAUCACUCAAUACGACCCCGCUCUUCCCCUUUUCCAACCAAUCGGCAGAACCAACAACAACAUUACCAUUAACCCUAUUGCAUGCCCUGUCUACCGCAAACUGUCACACGAUGAUUUCCUUCUCGCCGUCGACGCCAACGGGACAGAAACUGCAUGUAUUCGACAGGAGACCGCUGUCUCUUUAUGGACGACUCUCAAGGACAUCGGGCUUGCAAUCAACAAGGCCGGAAACCCUGGACGAAACGAAGCGGUUCACCUUCUCAAUCAGUACUACGAAAUCCCGCACUACAAAUUCGACCGACUCGGAUUACAGCGCCCGCUCAUUCUCGAUCUCGUCCGACCCAACCUUCAUAACAUCUUCAACCCGCUUUACGCUUGGGGACCCAAGGAGUACCUGACCAAGACCUACCAGGCUCUGCAGAUCGUCGGGAGGGUAGCCCUUCGUUGGAUCGACGACGCCAAGAAGGUCUGCCAAGAACUCGGACCCGAUUGCGGAUGGGACUGGGAGGAGGGAAACGAGAUCGAGGAGGAAGCGCCACCCAUGCCCAUUCAAGCCCACCCCCUUAAUCCCUACAACGACCUCACCACUCGGGACCCACGGGUACGACCCUACCCAGCGCGCCAAGAAAUCCGAAACUCGACCAACCGCGAUCUGAUUCUUCACCCAACCGCCUCCUCAGCUGCCCGUGCUAACAUGCAGAUCGUCGUGCAUCCCAACCGAUCCAACGCCGCCCGCGCCAAUAACAGUGUCACCAUUUAUCGACGCGGCAACAGAAUGGCAAGAGCCAGCGCUUACUCGACCGACGGAUCAGAGUACGUCAUUCGCAACGGGAAACAGACCAACACCAACUUCUGA